AGCUUAGAGAAGAUCAUUCAGCGCGAUUUCUUCCCUGACGUGGAGAAGCUGCGAGCACAGAAGGAGUAUCUGGAGGCUGAAGAAAACGGCGACUUAGAGAAAAUGAGACAAAUUGCUAUUAAGUUUGGCUCCUCCUUGAGCAAGUCAUCGAGGGACACACCUGCACCCUAUGUUACCCCAGCCACGUUUGAAACCCCAGAAGUGCAUCCAGGUGGCCUUCCCCUGGGAAAUAAAUCCAAAGCUGGGACCAAAGUUGCAGAGGAAGGAGAAGCAGAAAAAGAUUAUAAAGAUGCACUUCCCAGUCUGGACAGCUUCUUGGCAAAGCACACGAGUGAAGAUAAUGCUUCGUUUGAGCAGAUCAUGGAAGUGGCCAAAGAGAAGGAGAAGGUCAAGCACGCGUGGCUGUACAGCGCUGAGGAGGAGUACACCCGGCGACAAAAUGAAAACUUGGCACUUCCUUCAGCAGAGCAGCAAGCUCUGGAGAAUGUGAAAGCUGGACUGGAUACCUGGGAAUACACAGCUCGAAACACCCUGAUGUAUUACCCAACAGGUGUACCUGAUGAGAGUGAUGUAUUUAAGAAGCCCAGAGAAGUUGUGCAUCGAAACACACGUUUUGCGAAGGACCCGUUCAGCCAAGCUGUGAGCAAAUCACAGCUCCAACAAGCUGCAGCCCUCAAUGCUCAGUACAAACAAGGCAAAGUGGGACCAGAUGGGAAAGAACUGAUACCCCAAGAUUCUCCAAAAGUGAAUGGAUAUGGAUUUGUGGCUACCCCCUCUCCUGCCCCUGGUGUGAAUGAAUCUCCUUUUAUGACGUGGGGUGAAAUUGAAAGCACCCCUUUGCGGCUAGAAGGGUCAGACACACCGUAUGUGGACAGAACACCUGGACCAGCCUUCAAGAUCCUGGAGCCUGGGCGCCGUGAGAGGUUGGGACUCAAGAUGGCCAAUGAAGUGGCAGCUAAAAACCGAGCAAAGAAGCAAGAGGCACUUCGAAAAGUGACAGAAAACUUGGCCAGCCUCACUCCAAAAGGACUAAGCCCAGCAAUGUCACCAGCUUUGCAGAGACUAGUAAACAGGACUGCAAGUAAAUACACUGACAAAGCUCUGCGAGCCAGCUACACUCCUUCCCCAGCCCACACAGGAACUCCUGGUUACAAGACCCCUGCGAGUGGGCCUCAAACACCCACAGGCACCCCACAGGCUAGGACAGUAUCUCACACACCAGUAUCUCAGGAUACUACAUCGAUCACGGACAAUUUACUGCAGCUUCCUAAAAGAAGAAAAGUAUCUGAUUUCUUCUGAAUAUACCAAUCACCAGCAAGGUGAUGGUGACCUGGCUGUGCUCAGCGGACUGCAGACAGGUUGUUG